AUGGCCAGCGGAUCCAACAUCCUCUACGCAGGAAUGGUGCUAUACCGUCUCCUUACCUCUCCGCACAACCACGCUGACUCCGCCCUCAGAGCGACUCCUCGCACUUUUCGCAGCGCGUCCACCUCGCUCUCGAGCAUGCCCACGCAGACUACUUACACGAUCUGCAAGGUCGACGUCCGCCCCCCGCGCGAGCCGUGGUACGCCGCGCGGAUCAACCGCCUCGGGAAGAUCCCGGCGAUCGCAUACGACGUCCCCGCCGACUGCGACCCGUGCGACCCGCCCACAGGCACGCUCAUCCUCCCCGAGUCGCACGCGAUCCUCGAGUUCCUCGCGGACGUCCUCCCCGCCGCACGCAUUCUCCCGCCCACGUCCGAGCUCGCCACGUUCCGGAGCACGUUCCUGGGCGCGCUCCUCACGGAGUCCGCGAGCGUGCAGGCGGACCUGCCCGGGACCGGCUGGGUCGCGGGCGGGUGGCGGAUGGCGGAGAUGGUGGCGGGGCUGCACGUGGUGCGCGCGGUGUGGCUGCUCGAGAGGGACGUGGGGCGGUACCCGGAGGAGGAGGGGAGGAAAGCGUGGGAGGAGCUGAUGGGCGACGACGAGUACAAGAGGGUGAGGGUGUGCGUGCAGGAGAUCGCGGCGCACCCGACGUUCAAGGCGACUUAUACUGAGGCUUCUAACGUUGCGGUCUGGAGUGGUCACCCUCUCCUCCAGCGCGACCGGUACAUGCAUGUCGUCACCAUCUGCCAGGGAUGA